AUGGCCACGCUCGGCAUCACUUUGCAUCAGAUUAUCUCGUCGCGCACUGCGGCCCGUGCUGCGGUACAGGCACUGAUUACCCCUGCACAGUUUGCGACCGUGCUGAAGAUAGUGCCGGUAUCCGGAGGCAGCCGCUUGCAUGUGACUUGGUCGAAGGUUGUGCUUCGGGACGUACAUCAUUUGGACGGCAUAGUCAUGGCUCUGGGCGCAUUGGGUACUGUGUCUCAGUUUGACAAUGUCGAGCAUCUGAAUCGCGAGGCUUGGAGCCGCAUGAAGAGCGGAGAGUUCGAGGGGCACAAGAUGUCAGUGGCCGAUACGGCUUUGCGCACCGCGAAGGAGCGGCAGCGCGCUGGUUUGGUCACAGCUUCAGCAGCCGUCGACGUCACGCAACAGCUUCUUCUUCUGCGUGGAGGCGGAGGACCUGCUCGUAAGCGGCGCAAAUUCGCCGAUGACAGCUUGGCUUUCAUCAAUUGUGCUCAGACGUGGCAAGCGGAUGGGUUGCGACGUCAGGCGCCCCUAUGCUUGUGCUUAGGAUGGCCAGCGCACGCCACCUUGAAUCUUACGCCCCGGAGCCUAACGUAG